CGCAGUCACUGGCCUCCUGUCCUUCCUCCUUCUGGCGGGGAUGUCCUGCGCCGCCCCGACCCCGGACUUUGGCCACGGACACGGGGGAUUUAGCCACGGACACGGGAGAUUUAGCCACGGACACGGGGGAUUUAGCCACGGACACGGGGGCUACGGACACGGAGGAUUUAGCCAUGGGCACGGCGGACACGGGUAUGGCCACGGCUACGCAACAUCAAGUCAGGUCUUCAACAUCGCAGGGCCAAGAGGUGGAUAUGGACACGGCGGUUAUGGCCACGGAGGAUUUGGACAUGGCCACGGGGGCUUUGGACAUGGCCAUGGAGGUUUUGGACAUGGCCAUGGGGGCUUUGGACAUGGAGGAUUCGGCCAUGGAAGCUUCGGAUAUGGCCAUUGACACUAGGCCAUCAAAGGAAUUCUCUCUAUAUAUAUUGCUUAUAUAUUUAUAUGAUUAUUUGUCCUCUUCUAAUAAAAUAUCUUG